AUGGAGGAAUUACCUCAAGUUGAAGAACCAAUUCCUAAACUGCCUGAUGAUGUAAAGAUAAGUGAGGUUGGUUUUGUAUCCAGCAUUAUAGGACAGUUAGUGGUGAUUCAGUCUAACCCAAACAACCCAGCAUUAAAUCUGGAUACAUUGCUGUUCAAAGAAGAUAGACAAUAUGUUGGAAAGAUAUUUGAAGUUUUUGGACCAGUGAUUUGUCCUCUCUACGCCAUCAGAUUCAAUUCCACUGAACAUAUCAAAAGUACAGGUGUCGAUUUGAAGAUGAAAGUGUUCUAUGCACUGGACUCUCCAGAAUUCACAUCUUUUGUAUUAAUGGAACAAUUAAGAAAAAUGAAAGGAUCUGAUGCUUCUUGGAAGAAUGAUGAAGAGCCUCCAGUUGAGUUUCUUGAUUACAGCGAUGAGAGAAGGAAGUUGAAGCUAAAGGCAAACUCAAAGGCAAUAGACGAAAAAGAUCUCAGCGAUCUUUUCAAAACAAUGCUGUUGAGGGAAAUGUAACACACCAAUCACAACAAUCAACUCGUCGCAGCUUUCAAUCACAACAGCACCAACAAGAUACACAACCCAGAAAAGCAUGGAAUAGAUUUGUUCGUCCUCCACAAGCACAAGUUCAAAAUUGCUGGCCAGUUGCAUGCCCAGCUCAAUUUCAAGGUCCAUGCCAAGGGUCUGUAUCAACUUUCUCACCAGGAAGGCCAAUGUUUCCCCCAAAUUGUGGUCCACCUCGGUUCGAAAACCAAGUAAUGCACCCUCACUUUCUGCCAUGCCCGCCACCCACUCAGCAAAGACUGCCUCUUUCACCUCCACCGUCUGGCGUACCAAUGCACAGUUUUCCACCUCAACAUUUCCUGAUGCCACGCCCUUUGCUCAACAACCCACAUCUGUUGAUCAAUCCAUUUCAAGUGGGGUUAUUGCCACCACCCCCUCCACCCCCACCAACAUCAUCCCCUCCUCCACUGCCACCAGCUCCGCCGGUAAACUUUGGCAACCUCACAAUGCACCAAAUCCCACCAUUCCAGUGAACCAGUAUCAUGUACCGGUAUAUAUAAAAUGGUUUAUAUUUUCUUUUUGUGCUAAUAAAGUUUAGUACUAUGUAUAAAUAUGUAGAUUUCUUUUCAUAUUAAAAUGAGAUGAUGUAUACAGUCA